UUGUGCUCUGUCAAAUUUCAGAUCGGUUUUGUAGAACCAGUAUGAUUCUGUUGACAAAGAAAAAAGUUUCUAAAUAAUAUAUUAUUUGUAUAUAUUUUCAUGAAGUAACAACAGUUUCUGUUGAGACAUUGAUGUAAUGCUAAAUAGACUAUACGAUUCAAAUGCUUAUUUGAAUUCUGAGUAAUUUCUAUUUGAUUGGGAAGUGAUUUUUUGUCAUUCUAUACGGUUCGAGCCGAAAUUUUUUCUCAGCAUGGAUUCUUGGAUGGAGGGCCAAUUAUAUGGUGUAACAACACUGGAUAUGCCAACAGUGCUGGAUGAUUUCCCAGUGGAACUUUACGAUGAGUCUCCUAUCAGUGACGGACCGCUAGAAGCAUUGGAUUGUGAACUAUUAUCUCCGAAAGAAUGGUCGGAGGAAACGUUGUUUCACCAAGAUCAGACAAGCCCCCAUCAUGGGGACUUCGUUGAUCCGGACACGUUCCUCAACGGAGUUGUUAAAAGAGAUAGUGAAUCAGAGCAGUCAAACAUGUCGCUCAGAAACACUCCGUCUCCAUCUGACAGCCACAAAAGCUUCGAAUCUUAUCCUUCUAGUGGAUAUGGUUCUAGUAGCAGCGCACGCCUGGACAAUACACCCUUUGACGUUUCACCCAUUUCUUCAGAAUAUUUCCUGAAUCCACUUGAAGUCGUUGACAUUCCGGGACCCAACGUGAUUCGUGUUGGGGCGGCUCAUCCACCAACCGUUCGAAAAGUUUCCUGUCAAUCCAAUUUGUCCGAUCUGAGGAAGGUUAAGUUACCUCCAAAAGGGACAAACAAUGCCAACAAACAUUUGAUGAAAUCAAAAACCAUUACUAAAAGGACUAUAAUCCUCACCGCUAAGGAUUAUAAUGCAUUGAUUCAUAAUAUCAAGAAUCAAACAACUGCGGGGCCGGUUCUCAUAAAAACAACGGUUGCACCUACCAUAAAUAUGGACAAACCCGUCCUACCGAAAGCUGGAGGCAAUUCAUCUCCGUCACAAGUACAAAGUGCAUCUUCAGCGGCAGCAAUGGUGCAAGAUUCAAUUGCGGAAUCUACGCAGUCUCCAGCAGCUCCCCUUAUGGCACCGAUGAUGUCUCCCACGAGCAAUCAAGUCGAUGAGCGAGCCUUCAAACGACACCAGCGGAUGAUUAAAAAUCGUGAAUCUGCGUAUCUGUCCAGGGUGCGCAAAAAGGAGUACGUCACUUCCCUGGAGCAGGAGAUAGAUUCAUUGAAGAGUGAAAAUCUGUUUUUGAAAAAUGAAAAUUCCAAACUACUGGAAAAGCUGAAGCUGAAAUGCUCUUGUGGAAAGCCCUAUCUGAACAUCGAGAGCAUUUCGAAGCAGCUGACACCAAAUGUACGCAAGAACACCGCGAUCAUUCUAGCGAUGUUGUUUAUGGUGUCAAUCAAUAUCGGACCUUUGGGAAGUCUUCUCACCGCUCGUAACAAUAAGGUUUCGCUCGAUAAACCAAUUGCAUCGACUCACCAUAAACGAAGUCUGUUGUGGCUCGACGAUUCGAAUUUAUCGAAUCGGCGAAAACUAGAUAUUAGUUUGAACAUGACGGAUUUGGAUGACGAUCUCUCAAGAACAUCUGAUGCUAUCUUCCCGGUGUGUCCUUUUUAUGUGAACCAAACCGAAAACAUAAGACUUGCGAGCGAGUUGCGGCGAUGGAUCGGUGAGAAUGGGUACAAAAAUCUUACCGACCGGGAUGGGGACGAUAUGAGCAUUAACUCAUUCUCGGAAAUGUUUGCGCUGAAGGAUACAAUCGAUUCCAUGUACCAACAGAUGAAGGAUAUUAGUUCGCAGAUGCAAACAUUCCAGAAAAGAAGCAAGCUCACCGUUCCCAAAAAGCGUCAGCAAUCGAAAAGUAAGAAAGUGCGAGACUUGCAGUUGUAUCAACAACAGAAGGAACAGAAGCAAAAUGAUCUGGCCUUUUACUACGCGGGAUUCAACCGAAAGUAUGCGAAAUUCUUCGAGGAAAUUGGCCGACGAGAUGAUACUUUUUAUCUGGUGUCGUUCAGUGGCGAACAUUUGCUUUUGCCAGCGCUGGCGCACAAUAAAACCAAUCGGCCCAAAAUGUCACUGAUGUUGCCGGCAAUGAUGGAGAAUGCUACCCAUCCAUCGGAUAAAGUAACAUUGAUGCAAAUCGAUUGCGAAGUGAUGAACACUUCGAUGAUUCAAAUCCGGGAAAAAACAAUCCCAGGCGAUUUACUACGCUCCCAUGGGAAGCCGGAUGCCGAAGACGACUUUUCGAGACAGGAUACAAACAGAACGAGCCGAGCGUCGGAAUUCAACGAACGUCCGGAACGGAAUAUUACUAGAGACACCACGGCAAAAGUGAACAGGAAGCUCCAUAAGCACGCAGCUGUUAGACCAUUUUUCGUGCAGCGCAUGACAGCGCACGUGAAGGAGGAAUUAGAACUGAACUAAGGUUAGAUUUAGCUAGUUUUGAAAGCAGAAUUGUGGAAACUUGAAAUCUUUAUGAUGAAUUGUAGGACUGAAAUGAAACGUUUCAUGCAUUAUGCCGUGCAAUCAAUUUAUAAUUAAAAUUUGUUGAGCAUAUAAUAUAUUUCAUCUGCUGUAAUAUUAGUAUUAGGCUUACCGGAAUAAUCACUACAUGAAUUGAAUUGUAACACUAACUAGGAUUAGGUGUUUCGACAAUUUUUGGCAUACAUGCUAACGACACAAACAAAUUUAUUCAAGUAUUGGAUGCAUAAAAACAAGGUGAUACAAUAAAAACAAAUUACAAGCGCAA